GUCGUGAGUCAUCGAGUCUGGCUGGCAGAAGACAGGAAGCGGGAUUGCGCCGAACUCCUCCCCUCUCCCUGCCUCAAUCUGCGACCUCAAAGGGGAGGAGCGCCUGGAUCCCAACCAGCCAAGUUGCCAGGAGAGGCACCGGCCUCGUUUUGUUUCGGCGCUCCUGAGUCAGGGAUGCCCGGCCGCCCAUCAUGAGCCGGUGGUCUAGUUCCCCGGGAGUGGUACUGACGGCGUACCACCCCAGCCCCAGCGACGCCGACGGGCCAGCUAGCCAUGCCAAAGAGGGUGCAGAGACGUCCCCCGGGAGUCGGAGAUCUGGCCAGUAUACAAUGAACCAUGAGAACUCCAAGAAAUCCCCGGGAAAGCCCCCUUAUAAUCGCUCAGGUUCUCAGGAUUCACUGGAUGAAUUAUCAGUGGAUGACUACUACUGGAAAGAAGUGGAAAACAUCCAUGAAACCAGAGGGAAUAAUCAUGAAGAACAAGAAGUGGCUGUUGUUAAGGAGCCUGAUGAAGGAGAAUGGGAGGAAGAGUGGUUAAAAGAAGCAGGAUUGUCAAACCUCUUCGGUGACAGUGCAGGAGACUCCCAAGAAAGCAUGGUGGUUUUGGCUACACUGACCCGCACUCAGGCAGCAGCGGUACAGAAGCGAGUGGAGACUGUCACACAAACCAUGAGAAAAAAAAACAAACAGUACCAAGUUCCUGAUGUGAGAGAUAUUUUCAAGCAGCAAAAUUAUUCAACAGAAAAAGAAACUGGCAGUGAAAACCAACCUGAGAGAGCAAGAAAAAGUGAAGAUGCAGUACAGGAGGAAGCAAAAGAAGCUCAUAGCCACCAUACUGGAGAUAACUGUCUGAAAGAGAAUGUGCAAGUGUCUGAAACCGACAUCAACCUGGAAAUAUCGUUUUCUGAACAAGCAAGUCUCAAAGAUAACUCAGAGCGCAAAGCCCCUAAGCACAGUAAUGAUGACACAGUGCUUCCUAAUUUCAGACUGCCAAAGGACAAAACAGGUACAACAAAGAUUGGGGACCUCGCCAUUCAAGAUAUGAAGAAAAUCCAUUCUUUAGCACUGAUUGAGCUGACUGCACUGUUUGAUAUUCUUGGAACAGAACUUAAGCCACAAAAAGCAAUAAAAAUGAAAAUAAAAGAAUCUGGUCUUUUUGGAGUCCCACUGCCAGUUCUGCUAGAACAAGAUCAGAAGAGAGUUCCAGGCAUCAAGAUACCCCUAAUCUUUCAAAAACUCAUAUGCCACAUAGAAGAAGGAAAGCUGGGCACAGAAGGUCUUCUUCGAAUACCAGGUGUUGCCACAAGAGUAAAGAGUCUUUGCCAGGAGCUAGAAGCAAAGUUUUAUGAUGGGACUUUCAACUGGGAAACUGUUAAACAACAUGAUGCAGCAAGUGUUCUAAAACUCUUUAUCCGUGAACUGCCUCAGCCACUUCUUACUGUGGAGUAUCUCAAGGCCUUCCAGGAUGUACAGAGACUUCCAACAAAGAAGCAUCAAUUGCAAGCACUGAAUCUUUUGGUCCUUCUUCUCCCUGAAGGAAACAGAGAUACGCUAAAGGCACUUCUUGAAUUUCUUCAAAGGAUAAUUGAUCAUCAGGACAGCAACAAAAUGACCCUAAAGAAUGUUGCCAUGGUUAUGACUCCUAACCUUUUCAUGUUUCAUGGUAUGGGCUCCAAGACCACAGAGCACAGCGAGUUUGUUAUGGCAGCUGGGACAGCAAAAGUCAUGCGCUUUAUGAUUAAAUAUCAAAAUCUUUUAUGGACAGUACCUACCUUUCUUGUAAACCAAGUGAGAAAGCAAAACACUGAAUGUCAGAAGAAAGAGAAAAAGGACAAAGCAAUGAAGAAGCUGCUGAAAAAAAUGGCUCCUGACAGAGAGAAGCAUGAGAAGCAAGACAAAAAUGUCAAUGAUGUCAAAAGCAUCAAUGAUGCUGAUGUUCCUCAGGGAGUAAUACGGGUUCAAGCGCCUCAUCUUUCCAAAGUUUCCAUGGCAAUUCAGCUGACAGAGGAACUGAAAGCCGGUGAUGUAGUUGCCAGGUUUCUCAGCCAAAAAAGUGGAACUACUCAAGAUUUGAAGAAAGAAGAUGUGUUUUUAUAUGAAAUUGGGGGAAAUAUUGGUGAACGCUGCCUUGAUAUUGAUGCCUACAUGAAGGAUUUAUAUCAACUAAACCCAAAUGCCGAGUGGGUUAUAAAAUCUAAAAACUGCUGAAUUCCUGAAUUUUCAGUGCAAGAUAAGCUCUGGACUGUCUUGUCAGACAAUGUGAAAUAAGAUGAUAUAUUGUUUUAAUAUUUUAAAUGUAUUGCAUUGUUAAAAAGAAUAUUGGCUAAAUUUGGCUUACAAGGAGUUGCCCUUCCCAUUCUGGUAGUUAUGUUAUUCUGUUGGACUGCCCCUUGUCAUGGGAACCACAGUGCCUUUGGUAUGGUCUUAUUGACUUUCAAGUGCUUUUUGUGCCUGCAUUUUCAAUGAAAGGCCAGGAUUAUCUUAAGGUCUAAAAUAACACCUUUCGGGAAACCAUUUCUUGUUAGCCCUCAUGCUGACAGUACUUGUACUCUGUGUGGAAUCCAUGCAGCCAUGGUACUGUAUAUGCAGUGCAAGCUUCAUAGGCACCUCAGCUUAUGUACUGAACUAAAACUUUGUAGGAAAUGGAAACAGGCCAGUCUUCUUUGGUGUACUUCCUUUAGUCUGCCAUAAACAGCUGGAGUGGUUGCUGGAUCAGCUAAAUUGGAAUCAUUAUUGAACUACUAUGGAUACUGCCACAGAGGGUGAUGGGCUCGUUUCUCUAGCUAUUUGCUACUGUUAAGGCCUCACUACUCAUUGCAAAUUCUUCGUUCCCUCACUUGGAAGAAUGAAACUAACAACAAUAGGGUACCAACAGGAAAGGUAAGAAUUCUUUGUCUAGAAAUUACACUCUUAGCCCACCACAGAUCUGUCCAAGGUCAAGCAGCAUUCCCCCAAGGAAAACUGAACACAGCAUAGCCUUUGAUUAAUUGAUUUCUAACAGUUCCAGCUGAAGCUUAACUAGUAUCUUGUUGGACAAUGAGGGCCAGUUUAAACUUUCAGAAACAUAUUCUUGCAGGGUAUCCCAGUUCUGAUGGAUGUUAAGAGCAAUCUCGACUAUCUAUACAUAGAGCCCGUUCUCCAGCCAUAUCUACUGAAGCUGCAGAAACUCAUUUUCAUGUGAUAUGGAAAUUGCUUUCAGGCAGCUGCAGCUGAGUAUGGAUAGGGUCACACAUUAGCCUCUAGCAGGCAUCCCCUGACUAAUAGGAAAGGUGUUUUUUUUAAAAAAAAAACACAAAUCAAGUUACAUGUAGUGCUAGUACAGUGCAGAUUUCAUCAAUUCUUGUGACAUACAGUACAGUGAUAUAAAACGUGAAGCUGUAUAAUAGCACCAUGUAGCUUUGACCAUGCAGUUCAAUUGGACUUCCUUGCAAAAACUUAAGACAGUUGAUGUUGUACUACUGGACUGAACUUUACGACUUCAUGAAGAGCCUGGAUUUUUGUAUGCUAAUUAUUUUAUAUAUUCUAAUCACUUUGAUAUAAUAUAACCAAUCAUUGAACAGUGUCACGGCUUCAUGUUAUGUAUUUUUGCAUUAUGCAAUUAUAGCUAUUGCUUUCAGUAGCUAUAAUUCAUAUGGUACAGAAAUUAUUCAGGUUUGUUAGUGUAGUGAGUUCUAAAUUAUGUUUGAUUCCUGCAGUGCUGGAAAUACUUAAUGCACAUAUCCCUAUGGCUUCAGCCUAGGGUGAUGGAGAAAUGCAGGUAAGUUGAGGCAUCUGUCCUGUGCUGCACACACUGACUGGAAGGUCCAAACGAGUCAAUGUCAUCAGAUCUUGGAAGCUAAGCAGGGUCAGCCUUGAUGAGUAUUUUAAUGGAAGACCACCAAGGAAGUCGGGGGUUGCUUCACAGAGGCAGGCAAUGGGAAACCACCUGUGUAGAUCUAUUGCCUAUAAGUUGGCUGUGACUUGAGGGCACUUUCCACUCCCGCUGUGAUGAGCCUGGCUGAGUUCAAAUAUUGUUCCUUCUACAUGGUUCUUCCCUCUCCUCUAUAUAUCAAAAUGCAUCUGUUACUAUCCAGAUAUUAGUAGAUAUUAUCUACUACUUCUCAUUCCUAGUGCAGGGGUGCAAUUUUUCUUUAAUGAAAGCUACUUUUGAGUGGCCACAAGGUAUGCCAUGCCACUCCCCAACAUAUUACCAAGUUUUCUUUUAUCAUAGAAACAGAAUAUAGACCAGGAAGAUCACAGAAAUGAAUCUAUUAGAUAACCCACAGAAAGAAAAGUUCUAUGAAUGAAAAUCUUUAAUUAAAAAAGAGCUUAGAGAAGAUACUUUAAUGAUAUUUUCCUGGGUUUUCUAGGGGAUGCACAAGUUACUCUGCAGCAGCUGGCAAGCUACCAGUAGCUUAUGAGCUGUCAGCUGGAGACUCCUGUGAGUUAUAAUUUCAGCUGUUUGUAGGUAAAGAGCGCAGAUGUGAAGAAUAAGGACUUCACCACAUAUUACACUAUCCCUUUCCUGCACAAAAAAAGGAAUCCCUGCAGGAAAUUGUUUGGAACCUGCAUGCAAAUUAUCCAGAAUGAUAUAAAUGUUACAAGGCAUGUAAUAGUAUUCACAUGUAGGAACAAUAUAAUAUGUGAUCUAAAUAUUACGGCCAGUAAUUUACAGGGACCUAUCAUGGACCCCACCAUUUCUUGGGCAUGUCCAAAAAUACCAUUAAAUCAGUAUAACUUGGUCUAAAGCCCCUGAAAUCUGAAGAUGACUGCUUAAUAUACAGAAAUCUAGAUGCUUACUGCACACUACUGAAGUUAUGCACACUACAUUGCUGUUAUGCCUCUGUGUAUUACCUUGAUAAAUGCCACAAAGUCAAAUUUGCUAUGAUUUUCAGACUCUUUGGUUCCUAGCCAACCAUUCUGUCAAUGGCUAAGUAGCUGCCAAAUUCCCAUCGUUCAGAAUGGUAAUAGCUGUGAGAGAGUUUAAAUGAGCUUUUCAGGAAUUAUUGUUUAGGUGCUUCCCAUACAUUCUGGUGGGCCCAGGGUGGGAAGGAGAUUCAAAUGUUCAUGUAGCUGCACUGAUCUUGAACCACCAGAAAGUCUUUUCUAAUGUCAGCUCUGCCGGGAAGUAUUGUUCACCAAGAAGUUAAAAUAUUUUUUCCAAAGCAUUCAACAUCAUAUUAGGGUGUGUUGUCAAAAAUCCAUAUGCAAAUUUAGCACUACCUUCUUUAUAUAAGGUGGGUAGCUAUGGCAGAGGUGUAUCGGGGGGAAAUGGUACCCAGAUCCUUCUCUGGGUGCCCUCCCCCUGCCCCCUUAUGCUCAGGGGCAUGGCUCAGGAAUGCUGAGCCCUGUCCCUACCAGCUUGCAUGCAGGCAGGGGUGUGGCUUGAUGUUGGGUGGCCCCCCGAGCCCCACACCCAGCCUCAAUGCAGGCCAGCAGGGUCUGGGGAGGGCAAAAGCUGGCCUGCAUGGAGGCCAGGGGUGAGGCUCAGGGGGCGGGGCCACCUGCCACCAAGCCCUGCUCCUGGCCUUCAUGCAGGCCGAGCCCUGCCACCACCCAGCACCCCCACAUGACCAAAAGGCAUGCGCCCGGGAACAUGUUCCUAUAGGCUGUACACCUCUGAGCCAUGGUGAUCUGAAGCAGCAGAAAAAAGUUUGAGUCCCGUAGCACUUUUAAGACCAAAAGUGUUAUUCUUAGUGUUAACUUUCAUGUGCACACACACUUCAGACAACCUAUCAGUGUGCAGAUGUGUACUUCUAUUGGUGGGACUCAUAGCACCUAGGGACUGGGGUAUCCAUGUCUGCAUACCUGCUCUUUUGUUCUUCAUAAAACAAAGUUAAAGACUUGUAGAAAUAUAAUAAAUUCACAGCGAUCCUACAACACAAACUGGAUAGACAAAGAGGUUUCUUUUUUUAAAUAAAAGUGCAAAUCAUAGAGUGAUGUCUUCCUGUUUUCAUAAUGAGAUAAUCAUCACCAUCCUCCUGCAGCAAUAGUUGAGUAGCACCAUAUGAUUGUUUCAUUAAUGCUGUUGCAACUUUUCUUGCUCUAUGAUGAUCCAGCAGAGGGGCAACAGCAUUCAUAGUAAAAAGGCCAAUGAAACAAAUAAGAAUGGCAGGCAGCCACUUCUGAAUAGUAUUUGUAGAGACAGUGCAUUCCCAUUAGGGUGUGCUUUAAUCUUCUGCCAUCAAACAAUUACAGAAAUUAUCUGGAAGCAAUAGGAGGGAUUCAAUGAAUUCCCCUGCAUAAUGCACAUGGAUUCCUAAACAGCAGCAGCCACCAGUUCUGGCAGGAGUUUUCUCACAUGUAGUCAUCAAGAGCCAAAGCAAGCAUUUUGUCAAUACCAUGCAAGUACAUGGUUUCUAACUGCCUAGCAGCUCACCUGCACAGUCAGAGAGCAGCUGCCUGGUCACAUGGUGCUGAGACAUCCCAUGCCCCCCCCCCCCGUCUCCUGACAAGGGCUUUCUUCUUCUUUGACUGUGAUGCAGUAGCAGUUGGCAAGUCCUACCAAUGAAUAACUCCUAAUUGGUUGUUGCUUACAGAAGAGAUUCCUAAAUAAACAUUUUUUUUAAAUCUAGAAUAAGUUUAUAAGGGAUUGGGGGGUACCUAAUCGUGCAAACCACUUUUGAGAUAUUUUUGAGUUUGUAACUGCUCCAAACUGAUUUAACUGUGAAGGGAAUUCUGGGUAUUUAAAUCAGGAACAAUUACUGUGGGUGAGAACAGCUGUAGUGGUCAUUAAAAUUAUAAUUGGACUGUAGAUUAUUUUUAAUAAUUGCUAAGUUAGUGCCAUUGUCUUUUUAUUAAUGUCUGAAAAGCUUUUUAUAAUUAAAUGAAUUUUCUUAAUGCUGUUCUUAUUUGAAUUAUUAGAAAUGUACACAAGAGAUACUGACUCAUUGUUGAAUCAACUGUUGAGUUUUUAUUGUUGGCUUUCACAGCUGUGUAGAUUUGUAUAUAAAAUGAAGUAUUUCCAAUGAAAA